GAAGAGUUUCUAGUAGCUUGUCCUGCACUCCCCAGCUGGUUGUCUUGAUCCACUCCAGUAACUUUUCCGUGGAGAAGCCUCCCUCUCAGUGGAUGCUUGGCUCUUCCCUGCCCCUCUUCCUCUCCGUGUGUCUCCCUCUCUCACUCUCCUCCUCCUCCUCCUCUUCUUAUCUGUGUGCGCAUCGUCAGCACUAGUUUGAAGUCAAAUCUGACAGCCGCUGCCUAACCAGCUCCCUUUGCCCGUCUCAUUUACUCCCCGAUUGUCAUUCCGUCUUCAUUAAGAGACUGUGGGACUGUGGGAUCCGAUCCGAUCCGAUCUCCUGCCUUCAACUUGGAGCGAAGAAAGACGCGAGAAACUCCUCGGGAUUCUCCGCACACCGCGCGCUGAUCUCGGGUUUCUGUCUGAUGUGUUGGCGUGGUUCUUAAGGAGAAUUCUGGGGAGAUUUCUUUCCUCUUUCGUUCCUCAAGGAUGAAGGCUUACGUCGGACCUGUGCACUAAAACAGCUCCAACUUUCCAGCUUCAAGAAUGAACCAUGUGCAAAGGUUGUGACGGCUUGUCUCUAUCAUCCCGCGGUGCAGUGAGGCGGUGAACUCACGGUGGAUACAGCAUGCAUGUGUCGAUUUAUCCCACGAUGCACUCUGCCAGUCCAGGCCUGCUUCUCCUCAGCAUCCUCUUCCUCGCUGAUGCUGACUCGCCUCCUAGAUUCACACGAACCCCAGAGGACCAAACAGGAGUCCAGGGGGGAGUGGCUUCCUUUGUGUGCCAGGCCGCAGGGGACCCGCAGCCCAAAAUCGUCUGGAACAAGAAAGGCAAAAAAGUCAGCAACCAGAGGUUUGAGGUAAUAGAAUUUGACGAUGGAUCCGGCUCGGUCCUGAGGAUCCAACCGCUGAGAACUCCCAGAGACGAGGCCAUUUACGAAUGUCACGCCUCCAACUCAGUCGGAGAGCUUACUGCCUCCACUAGACUCAGUGUGUUACGAGAAGAUCAGCUGCCCCCAGGGUUUCCCACCAUUGAUAUGGGCCCCCAACUGAAGGUGGUGGAGCGUUCUCGGACCGCCACCAUGCUCUGUGCUGCGAGUGGCAACCCGGACCCAGAAAUUUCCUGGUUCAAAGACUUCCUGCCAGUCAACACAUCUAGUAACAAUGGACGAAUCAAGCAACUCCGCUCAGAGUCCUUUGGUGGCACGCCCAUACGAGGCGCCCUCCAGAUAGAGAUGAGCGAGGAGUCCGACCAGGGGAAGUAUGAGUGUGUUGCCACCAACAGUGAUGGGACACGCUAUUCCACUCCGGCAAAUCUCUACGUCCGAGAACUGCGAGAAGUACGGCGGGUUCCCCCUCGCUUCUCCAUCCCCCCUGCCGACAGUGAAAUCAUGCCAGGAGGGAACAUCAACAUCACCUGCGUGGCUGUAGGCUCCCCCAUGCCGUACGUGAAGUGGAUGCUGGGAGCAGAGGACCUGACGCCCGAGGACGACAUGCCCAUCGGCCGCAACGUCCUGGAGCUGACCGACGUGCGCCAGUCCAACAAUUACACCUGCGUUGCCAUGUCGACGCUCGGCGUGAUCGAAGCCAUGGCGCAGAUCACUGUGAAAGCUCUGCCGAAGGCUCCGGGAAUGCCUAUGGUGACAGAAAGAACUGCAACGAGUAUCACUCUCACCUGGGAUUCAGGAAACCCAGAACCAGUCUCCUAUUAUGUAAUACAGUAUCGUGGCAAAGGCUCAGAGGACCCCUUUAAGGAGAUUGAUGGCAUCGCUACAACUCGCUACAGCGUGGGCGGCCUCAGCCCUUAUUCUCACUAUGACUUUCGGGUGGCAGCUUUCAACACCAUCGGCCAAGGACCCCCCAGCGAGGUUGUGGAGGCCCGCACAGCUGAGCAGGCGCCCUCGUCGCCUCCUCGGCAGGUCAUCGGCCGGAUGCUGAGCGCCACAACAGCGAUGAUACACUGGGACGAACCAGAGGAACCCAACGGUCAGGUGGUGGGCUACAGAGUGUACUACACUUCUGACAACAUGCUUCCAGUCAACCAGUGGGAGAAGCAGAUGGUGCGCAGCACCAACUUUAUCACCAUCCAGGAUUUAACGCCCAACAAGACCUAUUACAUCAGAGUCCUAGCGUUCACUUCUGUGGGAGAUGGACCUCUGUCCCAGGACCUGCAGAUUAUUGCCAAGACCGGAGUUCCAUCCCAGCCUUCAGAAUUUAAGGGUGAAGCCAAGUCAGAGACCAGUAUCCUACUUUCCUGGGUGGCCCCCUCAACCCAGGGGGGCCCAGACAGCCAGAUCACUGGCUAUGAGCUGGUUUACAGAAGAGUGAAUGACAGCGAAGAGAGGAAAGUCACUUUUGAGCCUACAACAACCUACCUGUUGAAAAACCUGAAGCCCUUCUCCACGUACACAUUCCAGUUGGCAGCAAAGAGCAAAAAUGGAAUCGGAGCGUACACCAAUGAAGUGUCCAUUGGCACUCCACAAACACCUCCCUCAGCACCUCCCCAGGACAUCUCCUGCACCAGCCCCAGCUCUACCAGCAUCCUGGUAAGUUGGGCGCCACCUCCCCUGGAGUUUCAAAACGGCAUCGUCACUGGAUACUCCAUCCAGUACACCACAAUGGACGGCAACAAAACGUCCAAAAGAAUUGACGGAAUCCCCCCGGAGAGCUCCCCGUAUCUCCUGGAAAACCUUGAGAAAUGGACUGAGUACGGCAUAACGGUGCAAGCCAGCACGGAGGCCGGAGAGGGACCGGAAAGUUUACAGCUGCUCAUCCGCACUGAGGAAGAUGUUCCAAGCGGUCCUCCCCGCGGGGUCGAGGCAGAGACUGUGAACGCCUCGGCCAUUAGGGUGAAAUGGCGAGCGCCGGCUCCUGAACGGCAGCACGGCCAAAUCCGAGGCUACCAGGUGCACUACGUGAGGAUGAACUAUGGGGAACCACAGGGCCAGCCCUCCAUCAAGGACAUCCUUAUUGAUGACUCACAGUGGGAGUAUGGUGACUCAGUGGAAUAUGAAGUGAUACUUGGAGAUCUAAAGUCUGACACUGCCUACUCGGUGUCGGUGGGAGCCUACACCGCUAAGGGCGAUGGCGCUCGCAGCAAACCCAUCACUGAGUGCACGGCUCUACCCUUACCUGAAAAACCAAAACUGAUAGUCACCUUAACGGAUUCUGGUACUGCUCUGCUCCACUGGUACCCUCCUUCCAACCCGCCAACCCCGAUUCUUGGGUACCGCCUUACUUUUGGCCGCGUCGACGUCCUCCCUUUUCUAGUCAUGGAAUUCCCAAACAAAGAAACGCGCUACACCGUCCCGGAUAUUCACAAGGGAGCCAAGUAUGAUUUCCGCCUCUGCGCCCAGAACAAAAUGGGUUAUGGAGAGGAGGCUGUGAAGGAGGUGACGACUCCAGAGGACGCUCCAAGUGGAUACCCGGAGAAUAUUAUUUUGGAGGACGCCUACGCAACGUCGCUCCAUCUGGCAUGGAAGUCGGUUCCGCUGAUCGAGCAAAACGGGAAAAUCGUGAAGUACUCAGUUCUGUACAAGGAUAUAAACAGUCGCGGGAACGCUUCAGAGGUGGUGGUGCCCGCCCCGGGCUCAAGCGCUAAACUGGAGGGUCUGAAUGCCGAUACGGUGUAUGAUGUCAGAGUGUGUGCUUUCACAGCUGUGGGUCCGGGGCCCUACAGCCCCAGUGUCCGCUUCCGGACGCAGCGGCUCGACCAAGUUUUUGCCACCAACUUCAGAGUGAAAGCCGCCAUGAAGAACUCCAUCCUCCUGUCCUGGGAGAUCCGGGACAAGAACCCCUCCCAACCCUUCACUAUUCUGUAUGGGAAGGGCCAGUCUGUGGAAGUAGAUGGGAAGCAGACCCAGAAGCUCAUCACUGGCUUGACUCCGGACACACAGUACUCCUUUCUGCUCACCAACCGGGCCAACAGUGCCGGUGGCCUGCAGCACCGUGUCACUGCCACAACUGCACCAGACAUCUUGAAAGCCAAACCGACCAUAGUUGGAAAGACCAACGCAGACGGCAUGGUGACUGUGCAGCUGCCAACUGUGCAGACCACAGCAAAAGUCAGGGGUUACUAUGUGGUGGUGGUGCCGCUGAAGAAGCAGAGAGGGGGGAAGUUCCUGAAUCCCUGGGAGGAGCCGGACCAGAUGAACCUGGAUGAGCUACUGAAGGAGAUCAACAGGACAAGCAUCAGCCGGGCUCUCCGCAUCCGCAGGCAGGUCGGCCUGUCAGAUCCCAGAGCGUACGUCACGGCUCACUUUAAGACCCUCCCCCUGGAGUUCACGUUAGGCGACGGCCGGAACUAUGGAGAUUUCCGCAACCGCCCUCUCCAGAACGGACAGGAGUACGUUUUCUUCGUGCUGGCGCUGCUGGACCUUUCGGAGAACACCAUGUACGCAACCAGCCCGUUCUCUGACCCGGUGACCUCGUCCGAUGUGGAUCCUCAGCCGAUCGUUGACGAAGAGGAGGGGUUGUUGUGGGUGGUGGGGCCUGUGUUGGCCGUCGUCUUCAUCGUGUGCAUCGUCAUCGCCAUUCUUCUCUUUAAAAGCAAACCUGACAGGAAAAGAGCUGAAGCUGAAGGAAGAAAAGGCAGUUUCCCCUGCAGUAAAGCCAUGUCCUCCCACCAUCCCACGGAUCCCGUGGAGCUGCGGAGAAUUAACUUCCAAACCCCAGCUUAUCGUGUGUCAGUGUACCGCGGUUAUCGACGUCUGUCAAGCAUGGCAAGUCACCCUCCCGUCCCCAUCUCCGAGCUGACGGAUCACAUCGAGCGCCUCAAGGCAAACGACAAUCUCAAGUUCUCCCAGGAGUACGAGUCUGUUGAUCCGGGUCAGCAGUUCACGUGGGAAAACUCCAACCUGGAAGUCAACAAACCAAAGAACCGCUACGCAAACGUCAUCGCCUACGAUCACUCCAGGGUUGUUCUCUCCAGCAUUGAGGGCGUCCCUGGUAGUGACUACAUCAACGCAAACUACAUCGACGGCUACCGCCGGCAGAAUGCUUACAUCGCCACGCAGGGCGCCCUGCCCGAGACCUUUGGGGACUUUUGGAGGAUGGUGUGGGAGCAGCACUCGGCCAACAUCAUCAUGAUGACCAAGCUGGAGGAGAAGUCACGGAUGCCCUCUUAUUUCUUCUCUAAGGUGAAGUGCGAUCAGUACUGGCCGACUCGAGGCACGGAGACCUACGGCCUCAUCCAGGUCACUCUGCUGGACACAGUGGAACUGGCCACUUACUCUGUCAGGACCUUUGCUCUUUACAAGAGUGGCUCCAAUGAGAAACGUGAAGUCCGUCACUUCCAAUUCACAGCCUGGCCUGAUCACGGGGUGCCCGAACACCCCACCCCAUUCCUGGCCUUCCUUCGCCGGGUCAAAGCUUGCAACCCUCCAGACGCAGGACCGAUGGUUGUCCACUGCAGUGCUGGAGUCGGCCGCACGGGCUGCUUCAUCGUCAUCGACGCCAUGACAGAGCGCAUCAAGCAUGAAAAGACCAUCGACGUCUACGGCCACGUCACGCUGAUGCGCUCGCAGAGGAACUACAUGGUCCAGACGGAGGACCAGUACAUCUUCAUCCAUGACGCCGUGCUGGAGGCCGUGACCUGCGGCAACACGGAGGUUCCCGCUAGAAACCUGUACUCCUACAUCCAGAGGCUGACGCAGAUUGAGCCGGGGGAAAAUGUCACAGGGAUGGAGCUGGAGUUCAAGCGUCUGGCCAGUGCCAAGGCUCACACGUCACGCUUCGUGAGCGCCAAUCUGCCAUGUAACAAGUUCAAGAAUCGGCUGGUCAACAUCAUGCCCUACGAGACCACGCGGGUGUGUCUGCAGCCAAUCAGAGGAGUGGAGGGGUCGGACUACAUCAACGCCAGCUUCAUCGACGGAUACAGGCAGCAGAGAGCCUAUAUAGCAACCCAAGGCCCACUGGCUGAGACCACAGAGGACUACUGGAGAAUGCUGUGGGAGCACAACUCCACCAUAGUUGUCAUGCUAACCAAGCUGAGAGAAAUGGGACGGGAGAAGUGUCACCAGUACUGGCCCGCGGAGCGCUCAGCCAGGUACCAGUACUUCGUCGUGGACCCCAUGGCGGAGUAUAACAUGCCUCAGUACAUCCUGCGAGAGUUCAAAGUGACGGAUGCCAGGGAUGGCCAGUCACGCACGGUUCGCCAGUUCCAGUUUACGGACUGGCCAGAGCAAGGAGUGCCAAAGUCAGGGGAGGGGUUCAUUGAUUUUAUUGGGCAGGUGCACAAAACGAAAGAGCAGUUUGGGCAGGACGGGCCGAUUACCGUUCACUGCAGUGCUGGAGUGGGGAGGACCGGAGUGUUCAUCACCCUCAGCAUCGUUCUGGAGAGGAUGAGGUACGAGGGGGUGGUGGACAUCUUCCAGACAGUCAAGAUGCUGCGCACACAGAGACCUGCUACGGUUCAGACAGAGGACCAGUACCAGUUCUGCUACAGAGCCAGUCUGGAGUACCUGGGAAGCUUUGACCACUAUGCAACAUAAAACCCCGGUCGUCUGUCAUGCCACACUCAACCUAGUGCUUCCUCUUAGUCUCACACACAACCUGAAUCCAUGCACUAGGCUGUGAUGUGUGCAUGAACCACCACCACAUGCAGAGUUGAGGGGGACCACCGGCUUAUCCCGUACCCAGAAACAGCACCUCUAACUGAGCCAUACCUGCUUGACAAAGGUGGGGGGCGGGUCCUUCCCCGCCCCUCCCAGCCCAAACAAACACACCCGCGGGUCAGUCUGGAGAACCCCUGUUUCAAUCAGAGUACUCGAUCGAGUAUAGUUUGUUUUUUGUGCUUUUUUUCGGGCACUUGGAUCGCUUCGUUCAGGUGUGGAAUCUCACCUCGUCCACCAGUGUAGCAUAACCUAACGGAACGCGGGACUGAGCGACGGGACUUUUUCCGGAGUUUGGAUUCUCUAUCAUGGAGUCUACAAAUCCACGUGAUCGGAGACGACCGGAGGAGCGGAUUCUUUGAAGCACCGCCGAAUUGCCAAUGUGAGCCUGAGAGCACAGAGCACACAGUAUUAAAAGACACAGACACUGAAAGACCACAGGGACAUGCUUUUUUUUGUUUUUGUUUCUUUCUGGAUCGUUUUGGAAACAGACUUUUGUUUCGGUUGAACAGAAAAAAAAAAAUAGGUGAAAUUUCUACCAUAAAGCGAUAAACUCCACCGGUUCAACCUUACGCUUUAUGAUUUGAAAUAAGGGACGUGAAAAAUGCAUACCAUAAAUUCAUUUCCAGAACUAUUUUUUAAGGUUGGGUACCGCCCCUCGGCACAGUGUGUCAUCGCGUUUCGUCCCCCACAGACCACACACGAGUAAGGCUUCGUUUUCUGUGUCAUCCAAUGAACUGUAGCCAUUUUUUUAUAAGAAAUUUAAAGUGUACAAUCAAAUCUAGUGUGGUAUUUUUCACAGUUUUACGACAAACGCUCCCACGCAGCAUCACCCCCCCCCCAGCGCCUCGUCGCACGUCUGGCAUGCGAACCUCCUCGCUACGACGCCAGGAAAGUGCGGAUGGGAAGUGCGGAGAGCGUGCACGUAAACGAGAAACAUAUUUAUAUGUCCAGAUAAGCUUCACAACGAUGUCUGACGCCGGCGGGGGGAGAAGAAAGGAAUUCACGAAAAUAAAGGGGGGUGAAAGGUCAGGCAUAGAGACAAGUUUCUCACUGGAAUGCUCACCGUAGACUCUUCUCUCUGUCUGAUUCAGUGUGCAAUAAGUAGAUGUAUUAUAUAUUUUUGUGUCAAGUCACUAACUGCAGUUAAUCACCAUGAUGAUGAUCGCGAGAAUCGCUUUUUUCCGAGGACGUUUCCACUCCUCCGUUUCUGGUACCCGGGCUGAGGAGGAACUCCCGACACCUUUCUGGAUCUUUUAUCACGGUAUCGUUCUUGGGGUUUGUCACAGCAAGCAGCAAAUGAUUGAACUCAUAUUUCAGAACAGCAUCUAUUAAGUAUUUUUUUGAUUUUAGAUUUCUAGUGCCUUAUAUUAAACGCCUAUUUUGAUAAAGUUACUUUAAAAAAGGCUUUUUCUGUGUAUUUUCUGUAUGCGUGCUGGUACAUGUGAUCCGAAUGUUUGUGUAUAUGAUUUCUGUUGAGUUACCUGAAAACUUUUUUUUUUUUUUUUUCUAAAAUGAAUGCUUUUCGUUGGCUGGAGAGCCAGAACAAUUGGACUUUUUUAUCUGUUAGGUUUGUUAAUUUUUCACCAGGUGAAACGUGGUUUUAAAGCAGAGUACGUUUGAACUGAAAAAAGUUUUUAUUUUUUUUACACAGAUGUAUGUUGUCAUGGAAACCUCAGUUUUGACAUUUUUGCCCCCCCUCCCUAUUUCGCGACUGCGACGCUGGCUCAGUCAAGGUUCUUUCCUGCUCAGCUAUGAAGAAAUCCACAAAAAAGCCGAAGUUCGACAGCUCAACUGAUCUGUGUCAAGCAGCUUACCUGUGUCCCGUAGUCUGAUGUCAUUUGUUUGUGUUUUUCCGGUAACAACAGAGGCUAUAAGGAAAGUUUUGGUGCUAACAACGCAAAACGGGCAUAAAGCAUUUUUUUUAUAUCCAUCAACUCCAUAAGGGAUGUGCGACAAGUCGUCACAGUUUGUAAGAGCUGGGUUUUUUUGUAUGCAUGGUAACCACUUUUGAGAUGCCCCUGUUUGGUCACGCCGGUUAUGGGAAGACUUGCACUUUUUCUCUUUGUACUAUGCACUAAUACUAGCAUCCUUUUAUCUCGGAUAGGCCACCCCCAAAAGGAGUCGUACUUGAACUCCACAUGCUCACAAGAGUGUGUCUAUGUAAAUAACACAAAACACAGAGAGUAAUUGCAUAAAUAUGCAUAUAAAAAUUUUAAUGUAGAGUUAAGGAACAAAGAGAAAUUUUAUUAGAGUGAUAUACCAAGAGGACGCACCUGAAAUCACAGUUCUAUGGCACAGCUGUGUGUGCAAUACAUCACAUUGUGGGUUUGUUGUACCACAAAUGAGCAAGUUUCACAAAAAUGUGUCCCUGUUUUAUCCCCAAAUGUAUCAUGUAGAUGGACAAACCCUGGAGUUUAUAAAAUUGUAUAAAACAUGGUGUGUUACUUGGGUCAGUUACCUCCAAUUGGUCUGUAUAUGUAAAGGUUUUUUUUUUUUUUCAUUUGUUUGUUGGUUUGUUUGUUUUCAGCUCUGAGUUCAGCAAGUGCUUUUUAUUUUCUUACAUUGGUUCUCGGAGCGUGUGAAAACUCAAAAAAAGAAACAAAAAAAAAGAAUUUCUGUUCUUUAUUGACACAAGUUUCAUUUGUUACAAAUAAACUCGAGUGAAAUAAA